AUGGAAAGUGCCUGGCUGGGCAGGCUCAUUCUGGGAUGGACCGUGCUGGCAUCCAUGGGUCCAGUCCAGGGCCAAUAUGAAGGGGACUUGCAGAUCGAUCGUUUCGGGGGCUACGAGGAGAAGCAUCCGCCCAGCCGAGUGAGGCGACGAGGCUCUGACACUUUACGAGGGCCAAAUGUGUGCGGUUCCCGGUUCCACUCGUACUGCUGUCCCGGCUGGAAAACACUCCCCGGAGGAAACCAAUGUAUCGUCCCGAUUUGCCGGAACUCCUGUGGGGAUGGAUUCUGCUCCAGGCCCAACAUGUGCACUUGUUCCAAUGGACAGCUAUCUCCUAACUGCGGCUCUGGUGGAGUGCAAACCUGCAGUGUGAGAUGUAUGAAUGGCGGCAGCUGCAGCGAAGAAGCCUGCCUGUGUCAGAAAGGCUUCACUGGGACAUACUGUGGGCAGCCCGUCUGUGAAAAUGGCUGCCAGAACGGAGGUCGCUGCAUUGGCCCCAACCGCUGUGCCUGCGUCUAUGGCUUCACCGGGCCCCAGUGUGAGAGAGAUUACCGCACAGGACCUUGCUUCAGCCAAGUCAACAACCAGAUGUGCCAGGGACAGCUGAGCGGCAUCGUCUGCACCAAGACCAUGUGCUGUGCCACCAUUGGGAGAGCCUGGGGCCACCCCUGUGAGAUGUGCCCAGCGCAGCCACACCCCUGCCGUCGUGGCUUCAUCCCCAACAUCCGAACCGGGGCCUGCCAGGAUGUGGAUGAGUGCCAAGCCAUCCCCGGCCUGUGCCAGGGGGGGAACUGCAUCAACACUGUGGGCUCUUAUGAGUGUAAAUGCCCCGCAGGCCACAGGCAGAGCGAGACCAGCCACAAGUGUGAAGAUGUGGAUGAAUGCAGUACCAUCUCUGGAGCCUGUGACGGGGGAGACUGCACCAACACCAUGGGGAGCUAUGUUUGCACCUGCCCCCGGGGCUUCAUCACCAGCCCAGAUGGGGCCCGCUGCCUCGAUCAGCGGGUGGGCACGUGCUUCUCAGCCCUCAUCGGGGGCCGCUGUGCCGGGGAGCUGCCGGGCCACUACACCAGGAUGCAGUGCUGCUGUGACUCCGGGCGCUGCUGGGCCCUGGGACCGACGCCAGAGAUGUGUCCCGUCCGAGGCUCUGAUGAGUACCGCCGGCUGUGUAUCGAGGGGCUCCCUGUACUGCCUGCCUUCCCCGGCCACUUCCCUGGGCUUCCAGGCUUCGGACCCAAUGGCAUGGGGCCUGGCAUCGGUGGGCCGGGCGGACAUGGCCCUAAUGGUGCCAAUGGGCAAGGUGGCAUCCCCGGACUGCCUGGCAUGGGCCCUGGCAGUUCCAGCAUUGGCACUGCCACCCUGAAUCAGACCAUCGACAUCUGCAAACACUUCACCAACCUGUGCCUCAAUGGGCGCUGCAUCCCUACCCCAUCCAGCUACCGCUGCGAAUGCAACAUGGGCUACAAGCAGGACGUACGAGGAGAGUGCAUCGAUGUCGAUGAAUGCUCCAGCAGCCCUUGUGUGCACGGGGACUGUGUCAACACUCCCGGCUCCUACCACUGCAAGUGCCAUGAUGGCUUCCAGAGCACUCCCACCAAGCAGGCCUGCAUAGACAUCGACGAGUGCAUCCUUAAUGGGGUCAUGUGCCGCAAUGGGCGAUGUGUCAACACCGAUGGCAGCUUCCAGUGUGUCUGCAACGCCGGCUUUGAGAUCACCCCUGAUGGCAAGAACUGCGUGGACCAUGAUGAGUGUGCUACGACAAACAUGUGCCUGAACGGGAUGUGCAUAAACGAAGAUGGCAGUUUCAAGUGCAUCUGCAAACCUGGCUUCGUGCUGGCUCCCAAUGGGCGCUACUGUGUGGACGUCGACGAGUGUGAAACGCCGGGCAUCUGCAUGAACGGCUGGUGCAUCAACACAGAGGGCUCCUUCCGCUGCGAGUGCCUGGGCGGGCUGGCCAUCGGAGUGGACGGCCGGGUCUGCGUCGACACCCACAUGCGCAGCACCUGCUAUGGUGCCAUCAAGAAGGGCACCUGUGCCCGGCCCUUUCCCGGGGCUGUCACCAAGUCCGAGUGCUGUUGCGCCAACCCCGACCAUGGCUUUGGGGAGCCCUGUCAGCCCUGCCCUGCCAAGAACUCUGCUGAGUUUCAGGCCCUGUGCAGCAGUGGCAUCGGCAUCACUGCGGAUGGCCGAGACAUUAACGAGUGUGCCUUGAACCCCGACAUCUGUCCCAAUGGCGUCUGUGAGAACCUGCGAGGGAGCUACCGCUGCAUUUGCAACCUGGGCUAUGAGUCCGACAGCACCGGCAAGAACUGUGUGGAUGUGGACGAGUGUGCAGUCAACCGGCUGCUGUGUGACAACGGGCUGUGUCGCAACACCCCCGGCAGCUACGCUUGCACAUGCCCCUCGGGCUUCGUCUUCAAGACUGACACCGACACCUGCGAAGACAUCAACGAGUGCCUCUCCAACCCCUGUGUGAAUGGACUAUGCCGGAACAAUGCUGGCUCCUUUGCCUGCGAGUGCUCCCCUGGGAGCAAGCUGGCGGCCUCAGGCACCAUUUGUGUGGACAGCAUGAAGGGUACCUGCUGGCUGAACAUCCAGGAUGGACGCUGCGAGGUCAACAUUAACGGUGCCACCCUCAAGUCAGAGUGCUGUGCCACCCUGGGCGCAGCCUGGGGCAGCCCCUGCGAGCGCUGCGAGAUUGAUCCUGCCUGUCCCCGUGGUUUUGCACGUAUGAAGGGCCUCUCUUGUGAAGAUGUGAACGAGUGCGAGGUCUUCCCGGGCAUCUGCCCCAACGGCCGCUGCCUCAACACAGCUGGCUCCUUCCGCUGCGAAUGUCCGGAGGGGCUGACCCUGGACGGGACUGGGCGGACGUGCGUGGACACCCGGGUGGAGCAGUGUUUCAUGCGCUGGGAGGAGGACGAGUGUGCGGCGCCCCUCCCCGGCAAGUACCGCGUGGAUGUGUGCUGCUGCUCCGUCGGCUCCGCCUGGGGCACCGACUGCGAGGAGUGCCCGGCCCCGGGAUCUGCCCAGUUCAAGGCCAUCUGUCCCCGGGGGCCCGGCUUUGCCAACAGAGACUUCCUGUCGGGCAGGCCCUUCUACAAAGAUGUGAACGAGUGUAAAGUCUUCCCCGGCCUGUGUACCCAUGGGACCUGCCGCAACACCAUCGGCAGCUUCCGUUGUCUCUGCGGGAACGGUUUCGCCUUGGAUGCUGAGGAGAGGAACUGCACGGACAUUAAUGAAUGUCACAUCUCUCCGGACCUGUGCGGCCACGGCACUUGCGUCAAUACUCCGGGCAGCUUCGAGUGCGAAUGCUUCGACGGUUAUGAGAGUGGCUUCAUGAUGAUGAAGAACUGCAUGGACAUCGAUGAGUGCGAGAGGGACCCACUCCUGUGCCGAGGUGGCACCUGUGCCAACACAGACGGCAGCUAUCAAUGUCUAUGUCCCCCUGGACAUGAGCUGACACCCGAGGGCAAUGCCUGUGUAGACGUGAACGAAUGCUCCCUGAGCGACAACCUUUGUCGCCACGGCCGCUGUGUCAACAUCAUUGGCACCUACCAGUGCUCCUGUGACUCGGGAUUCCAGGCCACGCCAGACCGGCAGGGCUGUGUGGACAUUGAUGAGUGCAGCAUCAUGAACGGUGGCUGUGACACCCACUGCACCAACACAGAGGGGAGCUACCAGUGCAGCUGCAGCGAGGGCUAUGCUUUGAUGCCUGAUGGGAGAUCGUGUGCAGACAUUGAUGAGUGUGAGGACAGCCCAGACAUCUGUGAUGGGGGACAGUGCACCAACCUGCCCGGCGAGUACCGCUGCCUCUGCUACGAUGGCUUCAUGGCCUCCCUGGACAUGAGAACCUGCAUUGAUGUGAACGAGUGCGAUCUGAACCCCAACAUCUGCCUCCAUGGGGACUGUGAAAACACCAAGGGCUUCUUCAUCUGCCACUGCCAGCUCGGCUAUUUUGUGAAGAAGGGGACCACAGGCUGCACAGACAUUGACGAAUGUGACAUUGGGGCCCAUAACUGUGACGUCCACGCCUCCUGCCUCAAUGUACCUGGCAGCUUCAAAUGCGAUUGCCGCCCGGGCUGGGUGGGCGAUGGCCUUCAGUGCAACGACCUGGAUGAGUGUGCCACCGAGGAGCACAAGUGCAAUUUGAAUGCCGACUGCGUCAACACACCAGGCUCCUACCGUUGCGCCUGCCGAGAGGGCUUCAAUGGGGACGGCUUCUCCUGUGCUGACAGGGACGAGUGCGCUGACAACGUGAACCUCUGCGAGAACGGACAGUGCCUUAAUGCGCCUGGGGGUUACCGCUGCGAGUGUGAGAUGGGCUUCAAUCCCACCCAGGACAGCCGGGCAUGUCAGGACAUCGAUGAGUGCACUCUUCAGAACAUCUGCGUGUUUGGGACGUGCCAAAACCUACCGGGCAUGUUCCGCUGUGCCUGUGACGACGGCUAUGAGCUGGACCGGAGUGGGGGCAACUGCACAGAUGUCAAUGAGUGCGCUGACCCAGUCAACUGCAUCAACGGCCUUUGUGUGAACACCCCAGGCAGCUAUCUGUGUAACUGCCCCCAGGACUUUGAGCUGAACCCUACUGGUGUGGGCUGUGUAGACACUCGUGUCGGAAACUGCUUCCUGGACACUCAGGACCGAGGAGAUGGGGGGAUCUCCUGCAGCGCUGAGAUUGGAGUCGGGGUCACGCGGGCCUCCUGCUGCUGCUCCCUGGGACGGGCCUGGGGCAACCCUUGUGAGCUCUGCCCACCAGCCAAUACAACGGAAUACAAGACCCUGUGUCCCGGAGGAGAAGGCUUCAGACCCAACCCCAUCACGGUCAUCUUGGAAGAUAUCGACGAGUGCCAGGAGCUGCCUGGCUUGUGCCAGGGGGGCAACUGUGUCAACACUUUUGGCAGCUUCCAGUGUGAAUGUCCCCUUGGCUACUACCUCAACGAAGAUACCCGCAUCUGUGAAGACAUCGACGAAUGUUCUGCACACGUUGGCAUCUGUGGCCCCGGCACCUGUUACAACACCCUGGGCAAUUACACCUGUGUCUGCCCCCCUGAGUACAUGCAAGUCAACGGAGGCAACAACUGCAUGGACAUGCGGAAGAGUGUGUGCUAUCGCAACCACAAUGACACGUGUGAGAAUGAGCUGGCCUUCAACAUGACCAAGAAGAUGUGCUGCUGCUCCUACAACAUCGGCAAGGCUUGGAACAAGCCCUGCGAGCCCUGCCCCCCACCAGCUAGCCCCGAGUACCAGAUCCUGUGUGGGAACCAGGCGCCUGGCUUUAUCAUUGACAUCCACACGGGAAAACCCAUUGACAUUGACGAGUGCAGUGAGAUCCCGGCCAUCUGCACCAAUGGCGUCUGCAUCAACCAGAUCGGCAGUUUCCGCUGUGAAUGUCCCAUCGGCUUCAGUUACAACAACAUCUUGCUCAUCUGUGAAGACAUUGACGAGUGCAGCAGUGGAGAGAACCUCUGCCAGCGCAAUGCUGACUGCAUCAACAUCCCCGGCAGCUACCGCUGCGAGUGCUCCGUUGGGUACAAGCUCUCCCCCAGCGGGGCCUGCGUAGGACGGAAUGAAUGCCAGGAGAUUCCCAACGUCUGCAGCCACGGAGACUGCGUGGACACCGAGGGCAGCUACGUCUGCGUCUGUCACAACGGCUUCAAGGUCACCGGGGACCAGACCAUGUGCAUGGACAUUGACGAGUGCGACCGCCGGCAGCCGUGUGGGAACGGGACCUGCAAGAACACCGUGGGCUCCUACAACUGCCUCUGCUUCCCCGGCUUCGAGCUCACCCACAACAACGACUGCAUGGACAUUGACGAGUGUGCGUCCCUCAACGGGCAGGUCUGUCGGAAUGGCCAAUGUAUCAACAGCAUCGGCUCCUUCCGCUGCCUCUGCCAGGAGGGUUUCGACCAGACUGCCGAUGGCAAGAACUGCAUGGAUAUCAAUGAGUGCGUAAGCCUGCCCGGCACCUGUUCUCCAGGGACCUGCCAGAACCUGGAAGGCUCUUUCCGUUGCAUCUGCCCACCGGGCUAUGAAGUGCAGAAUGACAACUGCAUCGACAUCAAUGAGUGCAAUGAGGAUCCAAACACCUGCCUCUUUGGCACCUGCACCAACACCCCCGGCAGCUUCCAGUGCCUCUGCCCACCGGGCUUCGUCCUCUCCGACAAUGGCCGGCGUUGUUUUGACACCCGCCAGAGCUUCUGCUUCACUCGUUUUGACACUGGCAAGUGCUCCGUCCCCAAAGCCUUCAACACCACCAAGGCCCGGUGCUGCUGCAGCAAGAUGCCUGGCGAGGGCUGGGGUGAUCCCUGCGAGCUGUGCCCCCAGGAGGGCAACGUGGCCUUCCAGGAGCUGUGUCCCUUUGGCCAUGGAGCGGUCCCCGGCCCCGACGACUCACGAGAAGAUGUCAACGAGUGCUCGGAGAACCCGGGCAUCUGUAUCAAUGGUGUCUGCAUCAACACCGAUGGCUCCUUCCGCUGCGAAUGUCCCUUCGGCUACAACCUGGACUACACCGGGGUCAAUUGCGUGGACACGGACGAGUGCUCCAUCGGGAAUCCGUGUGGGAACGGCACCUGUACCAACGUGGUCGGAGGUUUCGAGUGCGCCUGUGAAGACGGUUUCGAGCCGGGACCCAUGAUGACUUGUGAAGACAUCAAUGAGUGCUCCCAGAAUCCUCUGCUCUGCGCCUUCCGCUGCAUCAACACCUUUGGCUCGUAUGAGUGCACCUGCCCAUCUGGAUACACCCUGCGAGAGGACAGAAGAAUGUGCAGAGAUCUGGACGAGUGCGCAGAAGGCCUGCACGAUUGCGAGUCCCGUGGAAUGAUGUGCAAAAACCUCAUCGGCACCUUCAUGUGCAUCUGUCCUCCCGGCAUGCAGCGCCAGGCCAACGGGGAGGGCUGCACAGAUGAGAACGAAUGCCGCUCUAAGCCUGGGAUCUGCCCCAAUGGCCGCUGUGUCAACACCGUGGGCAGCUACCGCUGCGACUGCAAUGAAGGCUUCCAAGCUGGGCCCUCGGGCACUGAGUGCCUAGACACCCGCCAGGGCUCCUGUUUCAGCGAGGUCUUGCAGACCAUGUGCCAGCUGUCCUCCACCAACCGCAACCAGGUCACCAAGUCUGAAUGCUGCUGCAAUGGUGGCCGAGGCUGGGGGCCCCAGUGCGAACUCUGCCCCCUCCCAGGCACAGCCCAGUACAAGAAGAUGUGCCCCCACGGUCCUGGCUAUGCCACUGAUGGCCGAGACAUCGAUGAAUGUCGAGUCCUCCCCAACCUCUGCAAGAACGGCCAGUGCAUCAACAGCAUCGGCUCCUUCCGCUGCCACUGUGAUCUGGGCUACACCACGGACAUCACGGGCACAGCCUGCGUGGACUUGGAUGAGUGCAGCCAGUCCCCCAAGCCCUGUAACUUCAUCUGCAAGAACUCGGAGGGCAGUUUCCAGUGUUCUUGCCCCCGCGGCUAUAUACUCCAGGAGGAUGGCAAAACCUGCAAAGAUCUGGACGAGUGCUCCUCCAAGCAGCACAACUGCCAGUUCCUCUGCGUCAACACCAUCGGCAGUUUCAACUGUAAAUGCCCACCUGGCUUCACACAGCACCACUCCUCCUGCAUCGAUAACAAUGAAUGCACAUCCCAACCCACCCUGUGCGGGGCCAAGGGGCAGUGCCAGAACACCCCAGGCAGCUACAAUUGCGAGUGCCAGAAGGGCUUCUCCCUGGACAGCUCGGGCAUCAACUGCGAAGACGUGGACGAAUGCGAUGGGAACCAUCGCUGCCAGCAUGGCUGUCAGAACAUGCUGGGCGGCUACCGCUGUGGCUGCCCCCAGGGCUACGUCCAGCACUACCAGUGGAAUCAGUGUGUAGAUGAGAACGAGUGCUCCAGCGCCUCACCCUGUGGCUCAGCAUCCUGCUAUAACACUCUGGGUAGCUUCAAGUGUGUCUGUCCAUCCGGCUUUGACUUCGACCAGGCCUUCGGAGGCUGUCAGGAUGUGGACGAGUGCUCAGCCGGGGGCAGCCCCUGCAGCUAUGGCUGUUCCAACACUGAUGGUGGCUAUCUGUGCGGCUGCCCCGGGGGCUACUUCAGAGCUGGACAAGGGCACUGUGUCUCUGGCCUGGGCUUUGGCAAGAACCCAUACCUGCCAGCCGCUCCCGAGGAAGAUGAAGAGAACCUCCUCUCGCCAGACACCUGCUACGAGUGCAAGAUCAACGGCUACCCCAAGAGGGGCCGGCAGCGCCGCAACGCCAAUGAGACCGUGGACACACAGGAGCCCCGGGUGAACAUGGCCAGUGUGGACACAGACGCCCCGCUCUCCAUUGGGCUGAACCUCUCCGCCCUGGCCCCUGGUCAGCACAUCUUGGAGCUGCUGCCGGCUCUGGAGGCCCUGGAGCACCGGGUGCGCUACAUCAUUGCCCACGGCAACGAGGAUGGAGUCUUCCGCCUCCACCAGCGGGAGGGACUCAGCUACCUGCACCUGGGCCGCAAGAAGGUGGUUCCUGGCACCUACCGGCUGGAGAUCAUCAGCGUGCCCCUGCCCCGUCGGCAGGAACUGGGGCCAGCCCGGGCCACCCCGGAGGCAGAGGUGACACCCCCGCUGCGGGUCAAGCUGCAGCUCCAGCUCUACUAGUCGCCGGAGCCCGAGCCACCCAGACCUCGGUGUUGCCACCGACUGAAACCAAAGCAUCUCCUCUAUCUCGCCUCCCCUCCCUCCU